AAUAUAGCCUAUCUGCCUCAUCUUAUACUUACUCAAGCGUUUUAUCUUGACAAACAAUCCAUAGACAUCCGAGACAAUGAACACCAUAACAGCCACCCGACACAAAACCCUCACACCUCCUACAACUCCAGCCAACAACAGGCUUCCCAGCCCAUUUGUCGUCUGCAUAAUAGGGGCUAGCUCCGGCAUAGGCGAGCAUAUCGCUUACUCCUUUGCACAAGCAGGGGUAUCCGGUAUCAUUCUAGCCUCCCGCAACACCUCCGAACUUACACGCGUCGCCGAAAAGGCCCGUCUUCUCUCCCCAACGACACGCCUUGAGAUAUUUUCUUGUGACAUCACAUCGUCUAGCAAUAUUUCUGAUCUUGCGAAAUACACUAAGGAGACGUUUGGCCGCCUCGACGUCUGUAUCCCCAAUUCCGGAUAUGCAGGUCCUGUGACUCUGCGUGUUACAGAAGGUGAUCCAGCAUGGUUCCAGGGAAACUUCGACAUUAAUAUGAUUGGGACAUAUAAUUGCGCGCAUUAUUUGAUACCGCUGCUGUUGGAGACUGAGAAUGGGGCGAAGGGCUUCAUACAAAUUGGAUCAUUGGCUGCGAAUUUAACGGAUGGACCAAUUGCUAAUACAGGGUAUUGUGUGAGUAAAUUUGCACAGAGUAGAUUUGUGGAGAUGGUAGGGUCGCAAUUUGGAGAGGAGGGUUUGGUGGCCGUUACAGUGCAUCCUGGAGCGGUUGCAACACCAAUGGCUGCUGGGAAUACACCCGAGGUCUUCCUACCUUGUGAGUACUUUUCAUAUAUUCUUUGGGACUGCGGAAGUGCUAACAAAGAUACAGAUUUGGUUGAUAGUGUGGAACUUUGCGGUGGAUUUUGUGUAUGGUUGAGUAGGAACAUUAGAGAUUUGAAGUGGCUCAAUGGGAGGUUUCUAGACGCUAGGUGGGAUGUUGCCGAGUUACUUGAAAGGAAGGGAGAUUUUGUUGAAAAAGAUUUGCUUAAGUGGACAUUGAGGACUUCGUGAGAGAUGAAAAUCCCUUUUAAGAAAUAGCUUUCAAUGGUUCGGACAACAAUCUGGCUUUAACCCUUUUGGCUUUGUUGUGGAACCUUGACAGUGGCCUACUUUUUUUCCAUGGGUAUAUUGUUCCACAUGAGUCAAAUUCGAGUAGUUUUGGCAGACAGAAUGAAUUCGGAAUUGGGGCUCUUAUUUUAAGACAGUCGUGCGCACUGAUAGAAAAAUGCUGAAGAAGUAAGUAAUCAUACCUUCUUGGGUGAGAAGAAUAAGCUAGCUGAUUCAGAUAUGAUCAAAACAGGUGCCCAUAUUAUACUUGGUACCGCUGUGAUCAAGUUUGAAUUGUCUGAAGAGCAUGAUUAGGCAAAAUUAUGUGAAGUCUAAAGUCAAAGUGAUAAACCUAGGAUAGAAAAGUCUCAGAGAAGCUUCUCGCAAAAGUAUACUGAAAUUAAAAUACGGGAUAGAGAUCAAAUGCAAUGUUCACAGGAGAUAGGCCAGAG